UAGAAAACAAUUUAUUCUACUAAAAGCCGCAAUACCUUGAACUUCAUUUUCAAAAAAGCAAUGCAAAAAUGCAUACUGAUUAUUUUAAACUUUUUAAACUUGUACUUGUGUAAAAUAACUCGUUUUACUUUUUCUUCAACCAUCUCGUAUAAUUGAGUCGAAUGCGGUAAAUAGAAGAUUUGAUUCUGUGGCCGUGUAACUUGUAAAGUAUCGAACAAUUGUAGCAUAUAUUCAUUAAACACUAUAGGUAAUAAUAGUUGUAAUUGUUUAUACUAUAAGCUCACACUUCCAAGUACAGGUUUUAUCAUAAAAGCUUGAAAUAUUUUACAACUUAUUGUACAGUAAUCAAAUUAAUCCUGUGCAAUUGACGUUUAUUUAUUAAACAAUUGCACUUUAUGAAAUAUAAAACUUGGAGCUCAGAUAAUGCAAAUAGAAACGCCACAAAAAACUCCAACUAUACCAUUAUUAGUUCAUCAAUCGGGAAAUAUUAUUAAUUCUUCUCAAACAAUUAUCAUACCAAUAGUCAAUUCAAUACAUCCAUCUCAAAUUUCAAGGCAACAAUUGCUGCUUGCUCCGAUAAUCAAAUGUUUGCCAGAAAAACUUGCAAAUUCACAAAAUAAUCAUCAAGUAGAAUCAAACAAGUUGAAUGUUGAUGGAAAGAUAAUCUACAAUAAAGUAUAUUCAGUUUUAAGAGAAUCUAAAUUUUCAAACGAAGCAAAUUCAACUACAAAACUUCAUGUGUUAUCUCAGAUGAGUUUAUUAAAUAGUUCAAGAAACAUAAAUAACCCAAACAAUAUGGAGAGCAUAAAAAUAAAUUCAAAAAAUCCAGAUUCUGCAGUUAUAACGCCAAUAAUUGCUGAUAAAUUGACAGAUACAGAUAAAAAUCAUUCUCAAAGCACUGGAGAAAAGAGACCCAAGAAGCAAGUUUUUCCCAAAGAUGUUUCAGAUUUUGCAAGAUCGGAAAUGAAAAACAGUCUAGACUUAAAUAAUGAAAACAAUGAUUUGAAGUACCAUAAGGUGUGUGAAGAAGAAGUUACAUUACUGAAAAUUGUUCCUAAUGAGGAAAAUAUCAUGUCCAGUCAACAUGAAUCGAGUACUUAUACCCCAAAAUUAGAGGUAAAAGUUGAAUCUAUGGAUACUGAGGAACAUUCUUCAAAAACCUAUCAAAGUGUAGGUAAUAAGGAGAAUUCUAAUGCUAUCCCUAGCCCUACUCACAGUAAUUCUGGUGAUAAUAUCUUCUUGACUUGUCUUGGCUGUGGAUGCCAUGGACUGCGAUCAGAAUUUGUCAGCUAUGAAUCAUGCAGUCCUAAUUGUUCUGAAUUCAUUAAAGUAAAAAAAAGUAAGGAACUUCAGAAGAAGAAAAGUUUAGAUACUUCUGUGCGCAGAAAGAAACAGUCUAAAGUGCCUAAGGAAGAGAUAAAAACAGAAGAUUUUGAAAGCUCUUCUAAUGAAAGUGAAAAAAGUGCUAUUAAGUCUGUGAGUGAAGAUGAGUCAAAUGCAUCUAUAAUCAGUGGUCCAGACCAAGAACGUCAAGCAAUGCUUGAAGCAAAGUAUCCUUAUUUAUGUGGAAAACAAGGCUUUUCAUGGACUAAAUACCUAGACUAUUGUAAAGCUAAAUCUGCUCCAGUCAAGUUAUUCAAAGAUCCAUUUCCCUAUGAUAAAAAUAAUUUUAAACCUGGUAUGAAAUUAGAAGGUAUUGAUCCAGGACACCCAUCAAACUACUGUGUAUUAACUGUUGCUGACGUGAUAGGUUACAGAUUACGUUGUCAUUUCGAUGGAUAUUCUGACAAAUAUGAUUUUUGGGUAAAUGCUGAUAGCGCUGAUAUAUUUCCAGUUGGUUGGGCUGAAAAAAAUGAAAAAGUAUUACAAUUUCCCAAAAAUAUGGAAGACUUUAAUUGGUCUUCAUAUUUAAAAAGUUGUAAAGCUGUUCCAGCACCAAAACAUUUAUUCAACACCAACAAAACAAGCAAUGUACCAACAGGAUUUAGAGUUGGUAUGAAAUUAGAGGCAGUUGAUCGAAAAGAUUCAUCUUCAGUUUGUGUAGCAACUGUUGCUGGAGUCAUGGACAACCGAAUUCUAGUCCAUUUUGAUUCGUGGGAUGAUUUAUAUGAUUAUUGGGCAGAUGUAAGUUCUCCUUAUAUUCAUCCAAUCGGAUGGUGUGGCCAUAAUGGAAUUAGUUUAGAACCACCUAAUACCUAUAAAGAUAAAGUAUUUUCAUGGAAUGAAUACUUGAAAACUGAAAAUGCUGUUGCUGCCCCAGCUAGAGCUUUUAAACAACGUCCGCAAUGUGGGUUCAAGCGCGGAAUGAAACUUGAGGCAGUUGAUAAGCGUUGUCCUCAAUUUGUUAGAGUGGCUUCUGUAAUAGACGUAAAAGAUCACCUUUUAAAAAUUAGAUUCGAUGGUUGGCCAGAGAACCAUGCCUAUUGGGUGGAUGAUGAUUCACCUGAUAUUCACCCUGUGGGAUGGUGCGCAAAAACGGGGCAUCCAUUAGAGCCUCCUCCUUUGAAACAUGAAGAUUAUCUGGUGAAACCAGAAUGUGGUAUAUACGGCUGCAAAGGCCUUGGAAAUAUUAAAGGACCUAGAUUUACUAAACAUAAUUCGGCAUCAGGUUGUCCAUACUCACCCAGUAAUCUUCAUAAAUAUAAAGGAGUCAUUGAUAGAUUAGCAACAGAUGAUGGACCCAGUCAUGAAUCAAAUCAAACUACAAAAACUGAUAAAACAAAAGCUGAAAAAGAAGAUAAAAAGUUAAACAAUCAAAAAACUAAAGUGGACAAUCAAAAAGAAAAAGAUUCUCCCAAUAACAAUGAAUCGUUUUCCAAGAAAAAAAUGCGUAAUGGUAAUUUGAGACUAAAAAGAAAAAGUGGAAACCUUGAUGAUAUGGACCUCGAAAAUCCUUCUAAAAAGCCAAAAUCUGCAUCAACGCCAAUCAUGUCUAAAAAAUUCCGUGAUGAUUUUGGAGAAUCUAUUUAUAAUCCAAAAUACCCACCACGACCUGUCUCACCUCAACUAUCAAUACAACACAGCAAAACUCUUCAUAAUGAGUUACAAAUACCAGAGGGUGACCCGAGAAGGUGGUCCGUUGAAGAGGUAGUUCAGUUUGUUACGUCUAUACCAAAUUGUAAAGAUUACGAAACAAGUAUCAGAGCAAACAGCAUCGAUGGGGAAGCCUUAUUAUUAAUGACACAAGACGAUUUUUUCACUUACCUUACUCCGAAAGUUGGUCCAUCAGUCAAACUCCAUAGAGUCAUUGUUUAUUUACGGGAAAAAGCCCUAACCAUGUAAAGAAAUUUGAUUUUUUCAUAGAAAUAUCAAUGAAAACAUCAAUAUUAAUAUUAAAUGAAUCCAUUGCUAUCAUAAUAAGAAAUAAACUGGCUAGAUUUUGUAAAUAUUUUUAAUCUAGGUCAGAAUAAUAGUACUGUCUUCAUAACAAAUAUGUAAUAUUAAAUUAUCUACAUAAAAACAAAGUUUGUGACCAGUACAUUUCAUUUACGUUUAGAAUAUUUGGUUGUAUAUACAAGUAUUAUAAGAGCUCAUUGAAACAUCAAACACUUCUCUUUGCAUUGUCCAUAGCAUAAUCAUGUAAAAUUGUAAAUACUUUGAUUCAAUCAUAUACUUGUAAUUACAGUCACUUAAUUACACGAUGUAUUACUUUAAAUGAAUUUUUUAUGAAAUAGUUACAUUACAAAUGUCUAUGGUUAUUCAAAAUCAUUAUGCAUCAUAAUUCACUUGAUUUUUUUCUUGUCAAAAAUGUUAUUCAUAAAAUCUGUCUGUCGGAAUCAAUUUAUUGUUUUCAUUCGUUAGUUGUAUUUGUCAUUCGAAUGAAAUAUAUUUGUAUAUUUGAAUUGUUUACAUUUAUCAAUAAAAGUAAUAAAAUUGUAA